CCUCACACGACACGCUCUUCCCGAUUUUUCGCGCCCGGGUGCCCGUCGGAGCUUUCACACAUGUUGUAGUAUAAAUAUUCCCCGCAUUCUUUCCGUCAAUCGCUUUCCGCGCUCCGCUGUCGCUUUGUUCUCGUGCACGUCGAACGCGUCCGCGAUGAUCGCUCGCCAGCCACCGAUCGCGAUAACAGCAGGACAUCACUGACCACCUCCCUUUCUAACCACACCUCCGCAGCUCUCACCACCACGUCUACACCACCGCCUGCCCUCUCGUCAAAUAUAUGGGCAGCCAUGUCAGCGCCGUCUCGUAGUCCGGAGGAUGCUGUUCAGCAUGUCUCCCCUGACGCUGGCGCUGACGGCAUGAUGGACAUACCGCGACGACUCAUGCGAGUUAAGGUGCUCUACACGUUCGAUGACCAGAACAAGUCGAAUUGUCUCGCCCGCCUACCCAACGCACUGAGCAUACCGACCGUCUCCCUGGACGAAACCACUCAGGUCGGAGUCAUAGAGCUGAAGACAUGCAUCCAGGCAAUUGUUUCUGCCAGUCCCGAACUCGUUGCAAAGCUCGGCCACGACUACACCGUCUACGCCUACGAUUACUCCGAAUAUGAAACGCCUCUCGUCGGCCAAGGCAUGCUCUCGUGGAUUCUCGCGUCGGCCUCUGCUACCCCCAACGCGCCCGCUGAGCAGUCUCAAACCAUGGUCACCGGUCGCGUGUGCAAGAACAUCCUAGGCCUCUUUUCGAACGGUGUCAAGGAAACGCUGGAGGUCAAGCUCAAGCUUGUGCCCGUCCCCACUUGCAUGCAGAGCGAAUAUGUGGAAAACAUGGAGAGGUAUCACAACUUGAGCAAGGUUAUGCCCGAAGGAAUGGACUACAAUGCCUGGGCCGAAUUUCUCGACGCCAAUCCCGCUAUCCGUCAGCUGGCACAACCUACUCCAGGCAGCAAUGGUCAGAUGAGUCAGAGGAGUUAUUUCGGUGGCGUGGAAUCGUUCCAUGAGAUGCUUACCCGUCCGAGCCCCACCGAGAGGAACGAUCCCUUCCACGACCAGCACCGAUUAUCCUUCAGCGCUCAUGACACCCGUGCCUCGAGUCCAGCCAUGAGCACUGUCUCCUUUCACCCAUACACGUUCAACCAGGAUUCUCGACCUGCGUCUCGUGCCUCGGUCCGCAGCGAGACGGCUUCCCAGGCGCAGUACUACCCGCCCGCUGGCCACAUGGGACAAGACCAGCAAGAGGAGGGACCACCCAAAAAGAGAGCGCGCAUCACCAAGGCAAAGAGACCGAAGAAGGCAGCGCUGCUUGCCGGCAAUGAGUCGCUACGCGUAACCGCCAGCACUGCAGCAUCGGUACGACUCCACAGGCCAAUUGCUCCCAACCCAGGGGCCGCCGUAUCCGCGGAGCAGGUGCCCCGAGCGCCGACUCCUCGUCCAGGAGAUGCAACCCUGUCUCAGCCCCAGGGACCCCUUCGCCUACCACCAAGUCUACUACGACAUGCAUCUAUGGAUGAGAAUCGGCCUUGCCCGGUGCCGUACGAUACCAGCCUCUUCUCCGACACCGCUGUAGACUCGGCGGAUGACGAGAGGGCGAGUCCCGGCGAGACACCUCUGAAUAUUCCAUCAUCGCCACCAGCCAUGCCGCAACGUCUCGCCUCCUCGGCGCCCUCUAGCCCCGAGCUUCCGGUCCUGCCUCUUCCAAACGAUUCUGGCUUCGUCAGCGAUAUUCCCACGGGUCGUGAGGAUAACGAGGCGGAUCCCAACAGCAGACCCUGUGAUGGAAGCGAUCUCCCCAUCGCUUCUGGGACGAGGCGUCGUGCAAAGCAAGACAGGUCUUCCCAUCCAUGGAUAAACAUCACCCAAGAUCAGGUUCUGGAGCAAUCGCAGCUGCCCACUGUGAACGCGAGUUCUUUAGACAGCAGCCUCCCUCCAGCCGAUGCAAAUGUGGAUGCGGCACCCCGCCGCUCAGGUACACCAAACUUUCCGGCUCAGCCCUUCGUGCCAAAGGCGAGGGGACUUCCUAGGUCACACACGUGGUCCGGAGAGCCCAUGUCUGAUGCGCCUACUCCUGCUGAAGAUGGCCGCCAACCGCGAAGUGGCGCUGGUGCAAACCGGAGGCGGCUUAUCGGGGAGAAGUUGGAAGAGCCCAUGUCUGAUGCACCUACUCCCGCUGAAGAUGGCCGCCAACCCCGAAGCGGCGCUGGGGCAAAUAGAAGACAGAUCAUCCGAGAGAAGCUAGCGGACGCCCUUGUGAAAGGUGAAAUGCCGACGUAUUGCAACAAUUGCGGUCAAAUUGACACACCUAUCUGGAGAAGGGCUUACACACGCGUGGAGAAGGGGUCACCGGUCGGCAUCACAAUCUCAUCGAACAAGUCGGAUAUCACUGCUUUCGAGAUCAUAGAGCCAGGGGACGAUAACGACGACCAACCGCGGUAUCGCAUUUUCAAGCAGAUGUUAGAACCAGAAGAGGCGGAGUCGCAGACGUUUACCAAGCUUAUUUUGUGCAACCCUUGCGGCUUAUGGCUUAAGAAAAACAACGCCAUGCGACCGCAUGAGAUCUGGGCCAAACCGCCCUCUGAUAAGCCCAAACGCAAGAGGAACGGAAAGAAGGCCAAGGGCGGAGCGGAAGAGGGCAUGUCUGAUGCUAUCGUGCCAAAUUCGGAACCCGUCAUAGCGGACAGCCAGGUGGAAACAGAGGCGCCCUCUCUUGUAGACGGCACUGUUGAUACCGGGGCCCAACCGUCAGUACAAAGUCGCUCAGCAAGUUUUCAGGCUACCGCAGGCUAUCAGUUGGAUGAAGCGGCGGCGCAGGCAGCUCUAGCACGGGCUAUCCAAUCUAGUCCGGUUGGGCUCAGGGGCAGCAAGAACUCCCCAAUUGAGGUCGAGGCGGACUUGACGCCGAAGCCUACCCGACGACUCUUAUUCCCUUCGCCACGCGAGCCUGGCGAGGUAAAGUCCUUAGCCGAUACUCGCUCCUCCGAAUCUCCAUCCGCUCGGGCUUCUGCUCCUAGACAGACUGAGUCGACACAACGAUUAUCCGUGGAUGCCGGGGAUACAGAUAAAGAGAACUGCCCACCGCCAAUCGACAACGAAGUCGAUGGCCUUACCCAUCUUUUCGAGGAUAACGUCUCCCCAAAGACGACGCCGACAAAGGGCCGCUCAUUAGAAGACUUCCUCAAGACCCCAACGCCAGGAAGUCGUUGUCGCGCACCCCUUACGCCCAAACGCGGUGCUGAUCAGGCCAGCCUAGUGACACCAUCACGCCUCCUCAAGACACCCAGGACCAGCGGACGAGCCACCGCCAUCGCUCCCGAGACGCCCUUCACCCGCCAGCUCAACGCGCUGCUCUCCGAUUGCCUGCCCACUUCCCCCUCCCAAGCCAUCGACCUCUCUACCUUCCACAUGUUCAAUACCCCCGGCCGAAACGGAUUCUCUUCCGCUCAGUUCACCGACUUCUCGAUGCCCGAUGACUUCUUAUCCAGCGAUCUCCCUGUACCGAGCUCACCGCCGGGUGGCCUAGGCUUCUCAGUUUUUGAGGAUCCGAACACGAGUACGGUGGGUUUGUGGAGCGGCGCAAGUAUCUUCGGAAGCGAUGCGGUGAUAUCUGGGAUCGAGACAGGAGAGGCCAAGGAAGCAGAGCGCCGUGGUAGCGCGCAGCCUACGCUAAAGAUGGAUGGAAUCAGUGUGGACUUUGCUGCCAUGAUUGAACAGGUUGUCGGGGCGUCAGAAGACCAGACCCAGAGCUCUGAGGGCCGGGUUAAGAUGCCUGUUGUGGCUAUGAGAGAGGAGAGCCAUGAAAAGACAUCUGGAGACAAGGAUAAGGCACCUGAGACAUCUGUGGGCGCGGAGGUUGGGGACGUUCCUGGAGCUGCGAAUAAGGCAUCCGAAGAGCAGGAGAAGGGCUCGAAGGGUAAAGACAAGAACCCCAUCGCCUACAUACACACCCUGCCAGACCAAGCCUCUGUGCCUGGGAUCCAGGAGCAGAGCACCGAGAGCCUAGGCCAGACUCCCACUGCCCACCCAGACGACCAGAAGCAGGAGUCCGACGACCAGGCCAGGAUGCCUAAUUGCGGCUCGAAUGACCAGACGAGGCGCCUUGGACCUAAGAGCGAGCAUCCCCACGCCGGUUCUGAUGUUCGGACUUCCAAUGGCCGUGACAAGACGCUGGAUGCAGCUAGGAGACAAGCCGCAGAGCCCUGAGUGUCGGGCAAAGACACCUAUGCUAUCUCAACCGACAUGACGCAGAGCGAGGAGGUUCCAGGGGAGCUACUCGAUGCGGAACCUCUGAAGCAGAACACUGAAAUGCAGGAGUGGACGCCCGUAGCCGCGGAGUAAGUGUCUGUACAUACCCCUCUUGGACUUUCUCGCAUUCCCAUCGCGGCGUCGAGGUUACUCACGAAGCGCGAUGGUUAUGUUUGAUUAGAGCAUGGCGUUUUCUGCAUUGGGCAUCAACGGGCAUUUCAUGAGCGAUGAAACGAGGCAUGAGUACCUGUAUUAGUAGUACACGUUCGACCUGCAGGUUCGGUGCAAGCAACGCGUCUUUGACGCGGAUUCAAUUCCAUUUACG